UGUUGUGGUGAGGAUAGAAUAGGGAUGAAGGAGAAUUGGGAAAUGAUUAGUGUAUCAUUAAGGGGACCAUGUAGAAAAAUCUGGAGUAGAAAUCAUGUAUUAUUGCUUUCUUUUUCUAAGAGGCAGGUCGGGCUAGUAGUAUGCCACGCUUAACAUGCCAAAGUGAAAGGAACAAAAAUGGUUAGUCCAAAUUAUGCCAAGUUCUUUUCAUUGGUACCGUCACUCUCAUUCCUUUUUUUUUUUUUUUUUUUUUUUUUUUUUUUUUUUUUUUAUUUUGGUGGGGGGUGGGGUGAUGCAGAGGUCAUUGAGGAGAACGUGCAGUACAGUGAGGGGUUUUCUUUCUUGGCCAUUUCUUUUCUACCCAUAAAAAAAGGUAGGCUUCUUUUUCAAAAGUUAAGGCCAAAUUCACGACUCAACAAGUUGCCCACGCUGUUGAGUGUUUUUGAUUAUAAUGAUUUCAAACUUCAUUGGCAACACCCGUAUGGAUGUUAUGGUAUGUGCAGAUCGUUCUAGGCGAUAAUAAAAACAAAACAUCCGUCGAGAUUGCUUCAGACUUUCCUUUUUCACGCUGACUGAUUAUGUAUGUGCAUGGUGUUUUCCUGAGAUGAUAAAAAAUAUAAAUAUACACCUAUUAAAAAAAAUAAAACCUCAUCUCAUUAAUAUAAUCCUUCUGUAACUUUACAGUCUAUUUUUAUUAUUUAUAAAGUAUAUCUAUAUAACAAUUUCUAGAAGAAGCUUAACUACUCAAACCAUGAGAGUGGUGACUGGUGAUCUGAGUGAGUGUGUGACCAAGGGCAAGUAGGGAAUUUCAAGAGCCACAAAAAAGAUAGCAUUCCGAAUGAUGACUUGUAUAUGAUCACUUGCAUCUAUAAAUAUUCUACCCAUAAUUAAAGCCCUUCAGAAUUGUCCUGAUUUAAAGAGUACCUUUUCUCUUGUAUUAUUUUCUUUCCGAGUUUUAAUGUGGUAAUUGUAUUAGAUACAUUGUUAAGGUGAUACGAUGAUUUUCAGAUGGGCAAUGUUGUUAGUACUUGUAAUAAUUGAUCAAGGUAGGUGCAACAGCUCCGGCAUGAAUAGCACAACAACAAAGUUGCAUAAUGUUGUCAUUCACAGUUCAUACCGGAGAUUUUUGCUCUCUAAUGGCCUUGCUCUCACUCCUCCCAUGGGAUGGAAUAGUUGGAAUCACUUUGGGUGCAAUGUCACAGAAAAGAUUGUCAAAGAAACCACUGAUGCAUUAGUUUCAACUGGUCUUUCUAAGCUUGGUUACAAAUACGUGAACAUUGAUGAUUGCUGGGCAGAAAUAGCACGCGAUAACAAGGGUAAUUUUGUUCCCAAGAAAUCGACAUUUCCUUCUGGGAUAAAAGCUCUUGCAGAUUAUGUACACAGCAAGGGUCUAAAGAUUGGGAUUUAUUCAGAUGCAGGGUACAACACUUGCAGUAAAAAAAUGUCUGGAUCACUUGGACAUGAGGUGCAAGACGCAAAGACAUUUGCAUCUUGGGGCAUCGAUUACUUGAAGUAUGAUAAUUGCAAUAACGAUGGCUCAAAACCUACUGUUAGAUACCCAGUGAUGACCAGAGCACUAAUGGAAGCUGGUCGCCCUAUUUUCUUUUCACUCUGCGAAUGGGGAGACAUGCAUCCUGCACAAUGGGGUUAUCAGGUGGAAAGCUGGAGAACUACCAAUGACAUUUCUGAUAACUGGGAUAGCAUGGUGUCUAGAGCCGAUAUGAAUGAAAUUUAUGCUGAUCUUGCAAGACCCGGUGGUUGGAAUGAUCCAGACAUGCUUGAGGUGGGGAAUGGAGGGAUGUCAAAACACGAAUACAUAGUCCACUUUAGCAUUUGGGCCAUUUCCAAGGCACCACUACUUAUCGGGUGUGAUGUAAGAAAUAUGACAAAGGAAACAAUGGAAAUCGUUGGUAAUAAAGAAGUCAUAGCAGUAAACCAAGAUCCUCUUGGUAUUCAAGCAAAAAAGGUCAGGAUGGAAGGUGAUUGGGAGGUAUGGUCAGGGCCUCUGAUCAAUUACAGGGUAGCACUACUUUUAGUGAAUAGAGGUGCGUAUCGUACUUCUAUAACAGCUCACUGGGAUGAUAUUGGCAUUCCCGUCGACAGCAUUGUAGAAGCUAGGGAUAUUUGGGAGCAUAAAAAACUUAAGCAGAAGUUUGUGCAGAACCUGACAGCAACCAUCAACUCUCAUGCAAGCAGGAUGUAUGUAUUGAAACCAGUUGCCUGAGUUCCCAAGAUAGUUAUAUCAAUAAAGAGGAACUGAUUUUUACCUUGUAUUGUUUUUUAAGCCAAAGUCAGUGUACGAGUCAUUACCGACUUUUAUAUGUGAGUCUGAUUGUUGAAAUACAUGGGAGUUCAUUCAUCAAACAUAUGCUUCAAAAUGUGAUCUAUAGUUGUUGUUUGUCUCAUGGAGCAAAUUAUACCUGAGAAAGGUGGAACAUGAAUUUC